UCUCAGAGUCUCAAUACAGAAAUUCUUCUUCCUCGUUGAUAGCAAACGCUUUCGGUCAUUCAGUGUGAAUAUUAAAGCUCCAUUUUGUAGAAAAACUAAAACCAACAAAUAAAUAAAGUAAUCAACAAACAAACACGAAUUCGUGUGAAAGAAAGGAGAGAGACAGAGAGAAACAGAAGGAACAGAGAAGAUGGACUGGCAAAAAAGGUAAACUGUAAUGAUGUCUGCGAAUGAGUCAUGGAUAGUCUCCGAAAAAAAGGAACGCCUUCCUCUUUGCUUUUAACGCCGGCGGUGACAAGUGACGAAGAAAGUAAAAAAGCGAUGACCGGGAAAGAAAAUUUGCCGGCAUAACAACCGUUUACUCGCGAGUACAUAAAAAGAACAGAAAAGAAAAAGGCGGAGUUUAGGAAGAAAAUGAAGUUCCGUAUGCGAGAGUCUUCUUCCUUUAUUUCUUCUAUCCAUCGUGUUUGACCGAUUAGGCGAUUCGUGACGGAUUCUUGGCCCGGAUUUAAUCAUUACUCAAUGAAGAAAAGAAGUUAGAAAACCCUAGAGUGGCACUGCGAGCGUUGGUUUUGUCUUUUAUCAUUUUCUUUCCAAAUUUAGCCCUAGAUCCGCUCAAUGUUGUCUGUUUUUCAGGCUUCAAGCGUUUUAGGUGUUUGAUGAAUUAGGGUUUAGGGUUUACGAGGUUGUGGAGAAGAUGAUGAUAUCAAGAGGUCUUUUUGGGUGGUCUCCCCCGCAUAUACAGCCGUUAACGCCGGUUUCGGAGGUGUCGGAGCCGCCGGAGUCGCCGUCCCCGUACUUGGAUUCGAACACUGAAGCUGUGCCUGUGGAAGAUGAAGUUGGAAUUGAGGAGCCCGAGGAAAUCGAGCCACCGCCAGCAGCUGUUCCUUUCUCAAGGUUAUUUGCUUGUGCGGAUAGGUUCGAUUGGGUUCUGAUGGUUGUUGGAUCAUUGGCUGCUGCUGCUCAUGGGACAGCACUUGUGGUUUACUUGCAUUUCUUCGGCAAGGUUAUUCAGUUGCUGAGCUUGGAAGAGAGUCCUAAGGAGGUGCUGUUUCAUAAGUUCACACAGCAUGCUCUGUACAUUGUUUAUAUUGCUGCUGCUGUUUUUGCUGCUGGUUGGAUUGAGGUCUCUUGCUGGAUUCUUACUGGCGAAAGGCAGACUGCAGUCAUCAGGUCUAAGUAUGUCCAAGUAUUACUCAACCAGGACAUGAGUUUCUUUGACACAUAUGGAAACAAUGGGGAUAUUGUGAGCCAAGUAUUGAGUGAUGUACUGCUCAUUCAAUCUGCUCUUAGUGAGAAGGUUGGAAAUUACAUUCAUAACAUGGCUACUUUUUUCAGUGGUCUUGUCAUUGGAUUGGCCAAUUGUUGGCAGAUUGCACUCAUUACGCUAGCUACUGGUCCAUUUAUUGUUGCUGCAGGAGGAAUAUCUAACAUAUUUCUUCACAGGCUUGCUGAAAACAUUCAAGAUGCAUAUGCUGAGGCAGCAAGCAUUGCUGAACAGGCAGUCUCCUACAUUAGGACCUUAUAUGCAUUUACAAAUGAGCCAUUGGCAAAGCAUUCUUAUGCAAAUUCACUUCAAGCAACACUGAGAUAUGGAAUAUUGAUAAGUCUUGUUCAAGGCCUUGGACUUGGAUUUACAUAUGGACUUGCAAUAUGUUCGUGUGCUUUGCAGCUUUGGGUUGGAAGGCUGUUAGUUACACAUAGAAAAGCCCAUGGUGGUGAAAUUAUUAUAGCUCUCUUUGCUGUAAUUUUGAGUGGCCUUGGAUUGAACCAAGCAGCAACAAACUUCUACUCAUUUGAGCAAGGGCGUAUUGCAGCUUAUAGGCUUUAUGAGAUGAUAAGCCGCUCAACCUCUUCUGUCAAUCAGGAUGGAAACACCUUACUUUCUGUGCAAGGAAACAUAGAAUUCCGGAAUGUGUAUUUUAGUUACCUUUCUCGUCCUGAAAUACCUAUUUUAAGUGGGUUUUACCUCACUGUACCUGCUAGAAAAACUGUAGCUCUUGUUGGAAGGAAUGGUUCAGGGAAAAGCAGUAUAAUUCCUCUCAUGGAGAGGUUUUAUGAUCCUACAUUAGGAGAAGUCCUUCUGGAUGGAGUGAAUAUUAAAAGCCUGAAGCUCGAAUGGUUAAGAAGUCAAAUAGGACUUGUCACCCAAGAACCUGCCUUGCUAAGUCUGAGCAUUAGAGAUAACAUUGCUUAUGGACGAUCAAGUGCAACCAUUGAUCAAAUUGAAGAAGCUGCUAAAAUAGCACAUGCACAUGCAUUUAUCAGUUCACUUGAGAAAGGAUAUGAAACACAGGUGGGUAGGGCUGGUUUACCAUUAACAGAAGAGCAGAAGAUAAAGCUUUCCAUUGCCAGGGCAGUUCUUUCAAAUCCAUCUAUUCUUCUACUUGAUGAGGUUACUGGUGGCCUUGAUUUUGAAGCAGAAAGGGCUGUUCAGGAGGCUCUAGAUAUUCUCAUGCUGGGUCGAUCGACCAUUAUGAUAGCUCGAAGGCUUGGUCUUAUAAGGAAUGCCGACUAUAUAGCUGUAAUGGAGGAAGGCCAACUUGUUGAAAUGGGUACACAUGAUGAAUUAAUAAAUCUGGAUGGGUUAUAUGCAGAGCUUCUUAGAUGUGAAGAAGCAGCAAAGCUUCCUAAGAGGACACCAAUAAGGAACUACAAGGAAACCACAACUUUACAAAUUGAAAAGGACUUGACAGCAAAUCACAGCUUCCAAGAAUCAUCUUCUCCCAAGAUGGUCAAAUCACAUUCUCUUCAGAGAGUACAUGGACUCCAUGCAUUCCGGCCCUCAGAUGGCACUAUUAAUUCACAAGGAUCACCAAAGGUUCAGAGCCCACCAUCAGAGCAAAUGGGGGAAAAUGGGGUGCCCUUGGAGACAGAAGAUAAGGCACCAUCCAUAAAAAGGCAGGAUAGUUUUGAAAUGAGAUUACCAGAGCUGCCCAAAAUUGAUGUUCAUAGUGCACACCGACAGACAUCAAAUGCUUCAGACCCUGAAUCGCCCAUUUCACCAUUAUUGACAUCUGAUCCAAAGAAUGAGCGUUCUCACUCAAAGACUUUCAGUCGUCCCCUUAGUCAAUUUGAUAAUGUGCAUUUGAAGCACAAGGAAUCAAAGGACAUGCAACAUCAGAAACCUCCAUCCUUCUGGAGGCUUGCAGAGCUCAGUUUUGCAGAAUGGCUUUAUGCUGUUCUGGGGAGCACCGGUGCUGCUAUCUUUGGUUCUUUUAAUCCACUUCUUGCAUAUGUUAUUGCACUAAUAGUGGAAGCAUAUUAUACAGUGGAUGAAGGUCAUCACCUACAUCAUGAAGUGGACAAAUGGUGCUUGAUCAUUGCAUGCAUGGGUGUUGUAACAGUGGUUGCGAAUUUUUUGCAGCAUUUCUAUUUUGGUAUAAUGGGGGAGAAAAUGACUGAAAGGGUUAGGAGAAUGAUGUUCUCAGCAAUGCUGCGCAAUGAAGUGGGAUGGUUUGAUGAUGAGGAGAACAAUGCUGACACAUUAUCCAUGAGAUUGGCAAAUGAUGCUACGUUUGUACGUGCUGUUUUCAGCAAUCGACUUUCUAUUUUUAUACAGGAUACUACUGCCGUUGUUGUGGCUGUUCUUAUUGGUAUGCUGCUGCAAUGGCGAUUAGCACUUGUGGCUUUGGCAACUCUACCAAUACUAACUGUCUCUGCUAUUGCGCAGAAAUUGUGGCUUGCUGGGUUCUCUAGAGGCAUACAGGAGAUGCACAGGAAGGCCUCCUUGGUCCUUGAAGAUGCAGUUAGAAAUAUAUACACUGUUGUUGCAUUCUGUGCAGGUAACAAGGUGAUGGAACUCUACAGAUUUCAGCUGAGGAAAAUAUUUAAGCAGAGUUUCCUCCAUGGAAUGGCCAUUGGUUUUGCCUUUGGUUUUUCACAGUUUUUGCUUUUUGCUUGUAAUGCUCUCCUUCUAUGGUAUACCGCAAUCUCUGUUAGAAAUGGCUAUUUGAAUCUGCCAACAGCUCUCAAAGAGUACAUGGUCUUCUCCUUCGCAACCUUUGCAUUGGUGGAGCCAUUUGGCCUGGCUCCGUAUAUACUCAAGCGGCGCAACUCUCUGACUUCAGUAUUUGAAAUCAUAGAUCGUGUGCCUAAGAUUGACCCAGACGAUAAUUCAGGACUGAGACCCCCUAAUGUAUAUGGAAGCAUUGAACUGAAACAUGUUGAUUUCUGUUAUCCAACUCGUCCGGAGGUGAUGAUACUGAGCAAUUUUAGUCUCAAAGUGAAUGGAGGACAAACCGUGGCCAUUGUGGGAGUUUCAGGUUCUGGAAAGAGCACUAUAAUUUCCUUAAUAGAGAGAUUCUAUGAUCCAGUUGCUGGCCAAGUUUUACUGGAUGGUCGAGAUUUGAAGCUGUUUAAUCUGAGAUGGUUGAGGAACCACCUAGGUCUUGUUCAGCAGGAACCCAUAAUCUUCUCAACCACCAUACGGGAGAAUAUCAUAUAUGCAAGGCACAAUGCAACUGAGGCUGAGAUGAAAGAGGCAGCAAGAAUAGCUAAUGCUCACCACUUCAUCAGUAGUUUGCCCCAUGGUUACGACACGCAUGUGGGCAUGAGAGGUGUGGAUCUUACACCAGGACAGAAGCAGAGAAUUGCCAUUGCCCGGGUAGUGCUGAAGAAUGCUCCAAUCUUGUUAUUAGAUGAGGCCAGCUCUUCUAUUGAAUCCGAGUCAAGCCGAGUUGUGCAGGAAGCUCUAGAUACACUGAUAAUGGGGAACAAGACGACCAUUCUUAUUGCCCACAGAGCAGCAAUGAUGAGGCAUGUAGAUAACAUUGUAGUUCUGAAUGGUGGGCAAAUCGUGGAGCAAGGGACACAUGAUACACUGGUUGCCAAGAAUGGAUUAUAUGUCCGGUUGAUGCAGCCGCACUUUGGGAAGGGUUUGCGGCAGCAUCGGUUUAUCUAGGCAGGGUUUUGUUUAUUGAUGUACUUUAUGGUUGCUUCAUCAGUAAAGUUCUCAUUCAACCCAAUUCUAAUACCGGAGAUGUCCAGACUUGCCAGGUUCAUGGAAUGAUCUGUUGGUGGACCUCUACAACACUGCAAUAUGGGUGAAGAGAGAGGGUAGGGUUUUAACAAUUCUUAUUCAGGUUGUGUUGAAGCAUAAUUAACAUUGCUCUAAGUUAGGAAUGAAGACUGGGACUUGGCGAUUACGGAGAUGGAAGGAGAACGCUUGAGGUGUCGGGGUAGAGUUGUGGUGCAUAUUCUUUUGGAGGCACUCGCCUUUGGUGCGCAAUGGUGCUUCCUUGGUAUAUUAAUUUGUUAAUUAAUCAAAAGAGGGUUGUAAUAUCUUGUAAUCUAAUCCGGGUGUUAAUUGAGAACGCUGUAAUUCAUUAUUUUGACCCUCUCAUUUGAUGGGUGGCCAUGGGUUUAAUUCGUGGAAACAGCUUCUAAGCCUUGUGCA